AUGAAUCUUCAAGCGGUUUCUUGUAGCUUCGGCCUCGUUUCGGUUCCACUUGUCUCUCCAAGAACUUCGUUUCGGCGAUUUGUAAUCCGAGCGAAAUCGGAACCAUCGGAGAAAUCAGUGGAGAUCAUGAGGAAAUUCUCCGAGCAAUAUGCUCGUCGCUCAGGGACUUACUUCUGUGUUGAUAAAGGCGUUACCUCAGUCGUCAUCAAGGGAUUGGCUGAGCAUAAAGAUUCAUAUGGUGCACCGCUUUGCCCUUGCAGACAUUAUGAUGACAAAGCUGCUGAGGUUGGACAGGGCUUUUGGAAUUGUCCAUGUGUUCCAAUGAGAGAGAGGAAGGAGUGUCAUUGUAUGCUUUUCUUAACUCCUGACAAUGAUUUCGCUGGGAAGGAUCAGACUAUCACAUCAGAUGAAAUCAAAGAAACCACUGCUAACAUGUGA